CGUCAUAACAGACAAGGGAAGGAAACGGAAAGAGAAGAGGCGAACGGAAACCCGCAGCAGUCAUUUCCGCCAUCGCUUCCUCCUCUCCCUUUUGCUAACUUUCCGCCGCCUCUCUCAACUGCCAAUCGCCUCCUAUGUCCGACGAGGCCCAGAGAAUGGCGGCGCUUAAGAGCGCUUACGCGGACAUUAUCUUGAAUACAACGAAGGAGUCAGCGACUCGAAUUCUGGCCUCGGAGCGGAGGGCACACCAGCUGCAGCAGAACCUGUCGGUAGUCAAGGAAGAGUCGUUGGCGAUGCUUCUCCGUUUGAAAGCGAUCAUGGAGGCAAAGAUCACUGAAUCAGAAAAGGAAAAUUUGUCCCAGUCAAGAAAGAUUGAAGAACUUGAAGUUCAACUCAGAGAAGCAAAUGUCAUGAUACAUCAUCUUAAAUCUGAAAUAAUGAGACUGAAUUCUGAAUUGGGCAAUAAGAGGGAUACUGAAGCCAAAUUUUUAGAUGGGAAUAAACCUCGUAGCAACAUAAGUUGCAUGAAAUAUAAUAUUCAGGAGGACAUAGACAAGUCUGAUUCAUACCCGCACUUUCCCAAUGAGCAUGAAAUUAUAAAGAAUUCUAGCCGCUGCUUCACCAAAGAUGUGAUGAGACAUGAACCCAUGAGAAAUUUGGCCAGGUCAAAUCAUUUUGGUGGUAAUCUGGACUUGGCAUCCAUGACACCAAACAACAAAAAGCCAGAGUUUUAUCAAAAUGGUUGCAUUCAUAGGGCACAAGCAUUUAAGCAAGUCCAUGAUCAGAAAUCAAAUCCCACAACCACAUGUGUGAAUAAGAAGGCUGAAAGGGCCUUUCCUCAGAAGUUUGGUACCACCAUAAAAAGGAUAAGAAGAAGACAUAGGAGACGACGAAAAUUCAUUGCAUGGCCCAGAAAUUCUGAUACCCUACAUGACAUGCAUCAUUGCGGAUUAUUAGAGUCUAGUUAUUCCAGGGUUAGAGAAAGUGAUAUUGAUGAAGAUAGGAACAGGAAUGGCAGUAUGGCUUCUCCAAAGUGCUCAGCUCAAGUGUCUGGAGAGAACCAGGAAUCAAUACAAAAUCAGAAGUCUAAUUUGAACACGCCUUUAGGGGAGAAUAACUUGGGGCUUUUGGAUGGUAAUGGAGUAAUGAAAAGUGGAACCAUUCUAAAGGCAUGCAACUCUACUCCUGAGAAUCAUAUUGCUAGAAGCUAUACUUCGAGCAGAAUCACUUGCCAAGAAAAUGGUCGUAAGGAACCACUCAUAAUGAGUACAAGUGUGGUGAUUGAUGAUGAUGGUAAAACUGGCAUAACAACAGAACUAGAAAUGUCAGAGAAAUCAUAUUGUAAAGUAGCAGAGGAUCUUGGUACUCCUGUGACAAAAGAAAUUAAAAAAACAACUAAUGCACCACUGGAUGAUCAUAAAGAUGAACCUUGCAUAUUAACUGAACCAGAUGCAGUAGUUGGAGGUGCCAAAUUACUCAAAUACACUUUUCAGAGGAAGCGGAAGAGGGGAUCCAUGGAUACUAAAGCUGAAUUCAAAUCUAUGGAGGAGCAUGUGCCUAAGAAAAAGACAAACAAAGGUAAUGAAGAGAACAUGUCUCCGAGAAAUGUGGUUAAAGAUAAUGAGGAAAAUGUUUCUACAAGAAUGAUGGAAAAUGAUGAUAAUGUUUUGGUGGAGAACCAGAAAUCUAGCAUGGUCGUUGAAUCAUCGAGAGACAGCAGGAGGAUGGCACAGGUUGCUCGGCAGCUCAUUUCCUUGUCUGAGAGGAGACGGUGGUAGAGCUACUGUUAUAUCCAAAAUGAAGUUCAUUUUUUGAAGACCGAGUUCAGGUAUUUAUCCUCCAAGCAUGCAUUUUUGCUGCAAGAUAAACAAAGAACACAAGUAGCACAACUGAAUGAGCAAAACGAUGAGGCAAAAACAAUGCUAUACAUUCAAGUGCAACAUUUGCAUUUCUUUUCCCCUCCUGUUGGCUAUUUAUAAUUUUAGUGAUCUCGACUGGUUCUACUUGGCCAAGCCCCUCACCAUAUGAAGACAGUUUAGUAUCUUCCUUUCCUUUCUUUUCUGUUUUAGUUUCUAACUCAUGCUCAAACUUUGGCUGUCAAAGCUCUACAAAAAUGAAAUGCAAUUAGCAGAUCUCUACUGAACUGAGGCACUUUUGUUUUAA